AUGUCGACUGGCUUUUAUCCCAACCAGCUCAACGGCAUGUCCAACCACCGUGCUCAGCCCUUUUUGAUCCAUAAGCAAAAUGCCCAGUUCAUGCUUCCACCGGAAGCCCGUCUGCACGUGGGAAAUCUUGACCGUGAUGUUUCCACCAACGUCCUCGAGAAUGAGCUUGAGGUGCUCUUUGCCCCGUUCGGAACUUGCUGGGCACAGGUUCGCCAAGGCAAAGCCAACAGCCUCAUGAGCGGCUGGGUCCAGUUUCAGCACCCAGCUCACGCCGAAGCCGUUUUGCAGAGCGACCGAGUCGGACGAUUCGAUCUCAGGGGCCGGACUUUGCGAAUUGAAAUUGCCAGAGGGAUUCGUCAGUUACCUGUCUACCUAGUGAGCAUUGUCACCUCUAUCGACUCGUCUAACGAUACCACAGAAGGCCAUGAUCAGACGACUGGAACUGUCCCAGGCUUUCCCCCAGGCCUUGGCCCCGCUUAUAUGGCUCCGAUAGGACCGUCCAUGGCAGUUCCCAUGAGGGUCGACAAUACCAUGUCUCUGAUGCCGGUGCAGCUGCCUAUGCAUAUGUAUAUGCCCGGACCAACCAAGCCGAUAUACUUUCCUCACUAUUAUCUUAUCGUGGAACAUGGACACGACACCACUCCUGCUAUGCCUGUAUCUGCAUCUGGAGCAUCCGCACAGGCAAAUACUCCUUCUGUUGAUCGUGUAUCUCAACAUGCGCCCAUUGUUACUACUCCUUCGGAUGAGUUACCCAAGGAUUCCAUCGGGCUAGUCAACGAGACCGCAUCCAAAGAACCCACUGCCGAGCUCGACACGUCGGAUCCCACUACCAAUUCACCCGAAGAGCCAAAAAAUGCCUCUCAACGGGAAAAAGCCAAUCAGGCCAGCGACCUCCCCCUCACUAUAACUGGUCGUACCGUCCGCGAUUAUGUCCUCGAGCAGAACUCUCUUCUUGGGCUUGAUGCUAGCGAUGAGAUCAUUCAGGAGGUUAUCCUUGAGGUUGAGGCGGAACAGCGCUGGCUUGGUCGGUUGUCUGAGCCUGCGUCUGGAAGUGUGUCUGUCUCAGUCCGAGCUUACGAGCGAAGAAUCUACGGAUAUGCAUAA